AUCGUGAAGCAUAACUGAGAUGGAAGACAAAGUUGCAGAUGCAAGAGCUUCCGGCGAUGGCGACGACGCAGUCGAAACAGUAGCUUCUUCGUUGCCGCCCUCAGGGGCUUCAGUAUCCGACGCCAGUGUCCCAAGCUUAUUAGACUCGCGAACGCUGCCUCCUGUGGCCGAUGGGAAUGAUGCGGCGCCGCGCUACCUGCCACAGGAAGAUGGAUCCACGCCGUCUUCUCUGACUUUCAACGAAGCUUUUGCGCAGCUAAGAAAGACGUCAUCGUAUGUAGCGCCACCGCCACAAGAAGACAAACCUCCAGCACGAGACGCAGCUGCCACAAUUUACGUGAAUCGGCGACAGAAGGGAAACCCGAUGCUCAAGUCUGUGCGCAAUGUGGGGUUGGAGUUCCGGGAUGGACUAAUCCCGGACUAUGUGAUGGGCGAGUCUUCCUGCUGUGUAUUGUUCCUCAGUGUGCGAUAUCAUUUACUACAUAAUUCCUAUUUAGACGAACGCGUGCAGAGUGUGAGGAAGGACGACCCAACGCAUUAUAAAACGAAACUCGUCUUGUGCUUUGUCGAUGUGGACGACAAUGAGGUGGCGCUGCGAGAAGUUAACCGCGUGGCGCUUUUAAGCGGCUUCACACUGGUGCUCGCGUGGAGUUGGCUGGAGGCUGCGCGAUAUCUUGAGACGUUUAAAGCAUACGAGAACAAGUCGGCAACGAUAAUCAAGGAGAAGGUGGAGGCAGAAUUCUUGCCUAAAGCCAACGACGUCCUCACCUCCAUCCGAUCGGUGAACAAGACAGACGUAGUGACGUUGUUGUCCACGUUCGGAACAGUGAAGGGGCUCAUGAAUGCUUCGAUGGAGGAGCUGUCGCUUUGUCCGGGCGUGGGCGCUAAGAAGGUGCGGCAACUGCUCGAGACUUUCCAAGAGCCCUUUACGAAGCAAUUAACGUGA